CAUAUGUAUCAUGGCAUUACAUUGAUUGGCGACCCUGUCCAUAACAUAGAUAUUGCGACCAGAGGAGUUUUGAUGAUCGCAAGUCCGGCAGACUCACAUGCAUUUACUGCUACUAAGAACGCAAACGAGUUCAUAGAUAAGCUAGAUUUUUGUUUUAAAGUCUUCGCAAGGGGCACUGAAAAAUGCAGAGAAAUCUUCCAAUGAGGCAUCAGCACCAAAGAAUGUCGAAGAAAAUAUUAGCAGCGUUUCUUCACUGAUACUUAACGAAUGUUAUUUGCUGACUGUUUGUUAUCGAUUUUCGAGAUAGCCACGGAAGAAAUGCUGUUCGGUCGUUCAGAAGUCACCCGCAUGCAUACAAACAUUGAUUGGACUGCUGAAAAGCAGUUGUUGGUCGAACAUGGAGUUUGGGAUGAUAUGAGUGAGAAAUUUGUCGACGAUUUUGACAAAGUUAUGGCAUCAGUCGAGAAAUACAAGGAGGAAAAGGAGAGGGAGAAUGAUAUUAACGAAGAGGGAAAGGCAAGAGAGAAUGAAGAGAGAAUGAAUGAGAGCAAGGUAGAGAAGAACAUGAAAGAGGCAGAGAAGGACAUGAAGGAGGCAGAGAGAAAUGCGGAGGGAUUGGCGGAUAUAUCUCAAGGUGAUACAAAAAGAGGUGAUACAGAUGAUGAUGGACAAGAUUCGGGAGUCGAAGCAGGUGCCAGCAAAGAAGUGAAGAGAAAGAAAAAGGGAAAGGGAAAGAAGAGAAAGGUCGAGCAUGGAGAAGAAUCUGGUUCCAAAAAGCAAAAGGAAGGUGAAUGGAAAGAGUUGCGUGUAUCCGAUGGAACAGAAGAUCUCAUUUGAGUAACUCAUAUCCAAACAUCAGAGAUCUCUUAGGAAACGCACUCUGCAAAGAUCUGAACAUAUCAAAGCAAGAUAGAUCGAGUUCAAUUCAUAUAUAGAAUAGGUCAAAGUGGGCUA